AUGUCUCCAUCAACCGACUUGCAAAAUGCCAAAGAGCAAUGGGCAACAGAGGACAUCGCGAAAACUAGAAAUGCAAUUAUGGCAAAGUUGUCAGAACGAGCGAUUCCGUCGAAACUCAUAGGGGUUGAGGAGCAGUACGGCCAAGUCUUUGAUCUAUUACAGAGGGUUAUAUCUCUCGGCGAAAGCAACUCCUGUCUUCUUAUUGGUCCACGAGGAUCAGGAAAAACACUGAUAGUCCGUAAAGCACUGCAGACUCUGCAAUCCAUGUACAAUGACAGCUUUAUUACAGUCUAUCUCAAUGGCUUCACUUUACCUAAUGAUCGACUUGCUCUUCGCGAAAUAGCCCGUCAACUAUCGCUUGAACAUGAACUGGAGGGAAAAGAUUUGUUUGAUAACGAUAGUUUCCGAAAAAUAAUUCGGCGCAUCUUUGACAUGACACGCGAUAUAAGAACAUUUUAUCGCAUAUGCUUUAAGCCGGUUGCCCAGCUAUCACAAGCGUCUCCAUUCUUAAAAAGCCAGUCACUUUCAAUCAUCCAAUGGGCAACAACAAAGCGAUUCCAGAACCCAGCUUUUACGCGCAUAAAGCAUUUAUUAUCUCGCUCCUAUUCUACGUUUAACUUUUCCAUGGUUUACGACGAAUACAAAGAAUUCACAUUCUCGGAAGCAGUAAAAGGUGUUGGUAUGCAUGCUUAUAAAUGGCCGGUAGCGUUGAAGGCUUUUGAGCAUUUAAUCCAAAUGGAACUUGUAAAGCCUGUAGAAGGAGGAUUGAAAUGUUCAAAGGAGUAUAAAAUGAUGAGAUUGAUGAUGGAACCAGUGGAGAUUAGAGAGGUUAUAGAGGGAUUUGAUGACGUCCCGACUUCGGUUAAAAGGUGGGGUAUUGACAUUGACAAACAUCAUGUCAAAAAGAGUGCUCGCACUGAGCCAAAGAGCGAAAAUGUCUACCUCAGAUUGUUGGUGAAGUUAUAUAGAUUUUUAGCCCGCCGCACGGAUUCACGCUUCAACAGAGCAGUCUUGAAACGCCUAAUGAUGUCUCGCGUCAACCGUGCUACCCUUUCCCUGUCUCGUAUUCAUAGAUUUAUGAGAGAUAGAAAGGACAGCCAAACGUGCGUGUUCGUCGGAACUGUUGUCGACGAUGAUCGGUUACUUGAUUUCGAUUUGAAAAUUACCGUGUGCGCAUUACGUUUCACUAAGACGGUAAAAGCAAGGAUAUUGAAAGCCGGCGGAGAGGUCAUCACUUUUGACGAGUUGGCAAAACGCGCACCAACUGGAUCCAAGACUGUACUAUUGAGAGGAAAAACGAAAUGGGCGCAAGGCACUUAA